AUGGAAGGCAAAGACGGCGCCGGCGCCGCCUCGUCGCCAUUCACGGCAAUGUUCGAGCAAUUCAAAAGUGAGCUAGACGAGCAUCACGAUCGGCGAGAACGCAUCAUCAAGGCUUCAAGAGACAUCACCGCCGCUUCAAAAAAGAUAGUGCGAACGCUUGGCAACCCAAUACCACCGAACAUCGUCAAGAAUAACAAACAAUACUACGAAACUAUCUUCGCUCAAUUUUCCUCGGUCAGCGAUGAUCUGCAAGGUCUCAAUGCGCAUCGUUACGCUCGGCAGAUCAGUGGCGGAUGCCAAGAAUGGAUGGAAGCCGUAUCGUUCGAACACUACCUGACCACGGCAAGCAUAGUGAGCUACGAGGACGCCGCUAUAUUACUUCGUAAAAACUCGGAGGGACGUGGCGUCGAGCUCAGUCUGGAGGACUACAUUCUGGGUAUCUUCGACAUGACGGGAGAGCUCAUGCGAUUUGCUAUCACGAGCAUGGCUACUAGUGGGGCAUUGCCAGGACUGUCCCAAGGACCAAAUGCUGGAGGGGAACGAAACGUACUCAAUGACAUGCGCGCUCUUCGCUCGGCACUCGAAGCGCUACACGCCGGUAAUGGCCCAUUUGCCAAGGAUGUUGGCAAGAAGAUGGAUGUGAUGAGAAGCUCGGUGGAGAAAGUCGAGAAGUCUUUGUAUGGACUGGUGGUCCGUGGAGCGGAGCGUCCAAAAGGAUGGAUGCCAGAUACGGAGACCACAAGCAGGGCGGUUGCAGUCGACAGCUGA